CGCCGACGCCGAGCUUCUCCAAUGGCGUCCUCCGAGCAACCUCUGAAGAAGCGCAAGCUCUACGAUUCUGCACCUUUGGAACCCCAAGGUCCCCCAAUCCCGAGCCCAAAUGUGCCCCUCCCUCCUCCUUCCCAGGAGGAGAUCCUUCGGAAGAGAAAGAAUCGUGAUGAGAUCCGAAACCUUUACGAGUUUUACCGGCGCAUGAAGUACUGUGUCGCCCAGAAGAAUCUGAGGCUCAUGCCGGAUUUCGAGCAGGCGUAUCUAUCACUCAUCUCCGCUUCACGAGGUUGCACAAGUGUACAACGUAUUGUAGCUGAGCUUAUUCCUCGGUAUGCAUCAUAUUGCCCAACUGCUCUUGAAGCAGCUGCUAAAGUUUCCAUUAACAUGUAUAAUUGGAGCUUGGCCAUUAUAAUAAGAGGAGAGGAUGUAGAUGGUGUUGCAUAUCAGACUGCUAAAGCAUGUAUUUUUGGCCUAGUUGAUAUAUGCUCCACAGCCUCACAUGAAGCACCAACAUCAUCCGUCAUACAGGGCAUAUGCUCUGCUGUUUUCUUAAAUGUUCUUACUUUCUUCACUUCAAGUUUUGAGGAGAAGGAUGUUUUUGAGAUUGGUGGCAAGCAACUAAUGAAGUUGCAAGAAUCCAUGGAAUCCUUCUCUGACUUAAAACAAGAACCGGCAGAUGAUGUUGAACUGGCGUCAUAUAAGUUAUUCAACUUCAGGGCACUUAGUCUGCUGCAUAUUUUCUUUUCUUAUCCAAGAAACUUGCUUGAAGCCUGCUUUGAACUUCUUGUUUCUGAUGGAGUUGAUGGUCUUGCUAAAAGGCCGAUACUUUCUCACUCAGGGAGGAUAAAGUUGACCCUUCAAAAAUUUAAUAAUCAUCGCUAUUUGGCUGAUAAGAUCCCUGUCCAAUAUGGAAUUGCUGCUGAGAAACCUGAUGCAUCUUCCACUGACAUGCAUUGUGAGGAUAAAAGUGCUACCAGAGAAGUUGCAGGCCAAAUGGCAGAAUUUGCAAGAUUAAGAUUUCCGGUGGGUUCAAAUUUGCAGCCCAUGAAAAAGGUUCAAAGUCAUUUAACUGAACGGUCCAUGUCAGCAAAAAGUUUAGAGAUGGGUGACUUGGAAGAUUCUAGCUUAGAAAGGAAUUCUAACGAGGACUUGUUGAGCAGGCAACACCUAUCUGCAAUUAAUAGCAAGCAAUCAGACUAUGAAAAUGACGAUACUCAUAAUAAAGUUCGUGGUGGUGAAGCUGCAAAAGAUCAGAUACUUAAUAUUGAUCAUGAGUUGUUGGUAAACACCUCUGUCUCUGGAGUUGCACCCAAUAUAUUGCCAUCUCCAAAGCCAAUUGCAGCCACCCAAUAUUUUGCGUCUCCAAGUCAAGUUCAUUGGUAUUCUGAUGGAGAUCCUGCAGCUAUGGAUGUAUUCUCUGCCUCUAAGAUGCUCUGGUUAGGUUCUCUUGGUCAUGAUGCCUCUGAAUCUGUAGUUAGAAUGCAACUUGAAGACUUUGGCCCCAUUGAGCAAUUUCUGUUCUUUUCUAGCAAAGACUUUGCUUUGAUUGAAUAUAGAAAUAUUAUGGAUGCUGUAAAAGCACGGGAGUACAUGCAAGGAUCCUCCCUGUGGGGUGGCUGCCUUUGUAUUAAAUUCUUAGACACAGGAUUUGGUAGUAGAGGGGCUAUUAAUGGUGUUGCAAUUGGUGAGAGUUGUCAUGUUUACAUUGGAAGAGUACCAUCCAAACAGGCAAAGGAUGAUAUUUUCAAUGAGUUAAUGGCUGCUAGGUUAAGUAAUCCCCGCAUGGUUACUGACCUUACAAGUGAAAGUGCAUUACUUUUGGAAUAUUGUUCUUCUGAGGAGGCAACCAUUUCAAUGUCUCACAUCAGGAUGUGCCGGAAAGAGACUAGGCGCAAUGUAUUAUCAAAUAAAAGCUUGACGAUAAGUACAGUUAUAGGGGAAAGGCCUGCUUCUGGUUGUCAGCUCAUGGUGAGCCAAAUAGAUGCUUCUGUCUCUGAUGAAGAGUUGAUUAAUGCUUUUUCAAGAUUUGGUGAGCUUACUGGAUGGCAGUUUAUGAGACAAAAUGGAUGUUGCUUAAUAAAUUUUCAAUCAUGUGAAUCUGCUAAUGCAGCUAAAUCCCAUUUAGAUGGUGUAAGGUUUGGGCUUAUGUCUAUUGAGGUUGAGAUCAGAUCAGACCACCCUGCCCAUGGUAAUAUACUAUCACCACAUGUGCAGACUUCACAUGAAAGCCCCUGCUGA